GCGAUAACACUUCUGAUAAAGCGCGGAGCUCCGGCGCAGCCUCCCUUUCGGGGGCUGGUUCGUUCCCCGCCAAGCCCGGCGCUCCCCCGCUUUCCUAAGCCGAGCCGGGUGCCCCGCGCUUCCCCCUGGCUCCCCUCAUCCGCCGGGGGCGAGGAAGAAGGGGGGCCGGGAAGGUAGACCUUUCUUGUCUCUCCCCUCCCACCCCCUCGGCUCCUUAACCCUUUCUUCCUCCUCCUUCAUCCUCCUCCUCCCUCCUCCUUUCCUCCUCCUCUCUCUCCUCCUUCCUUCCUUCCCUCUCCCCCCUCCUCCUUUCCCACCUCUUCCAAAAUAAUCCAAGAUCAACUCUUGUUGCAAACAACAGAAAGACGGUUCAUGGCGCAAGCGACGGUGCCACCAUCUUUCCAGGCGCUGCGACGAUUAUUGCUCGUAUUAUUGCUGAUUAAUCAACAGAUAUGGUCCGGAAAAAGAAUCCCCCUCUAAGAAACGUUGUUAGAGAAGGAGAAACAGAGACCCUUCAGUUGCCGGGUACAGAAAGUGACAAUAUUGAGAGAAAACAAGAAUUUUCUGCCGGUCAGAUGCAAGACAACACUGAGCCGGGUGAGGCUGUGGAGCAAAAUGAUGAGGAGUUUUGCACGCAUGUCCCAGAGCCAUCUCCCAGCACAAAAAAGGACUUGAAAAGCUCUACAACAAGUGAAAAGGCUGGCUUCAAUUAUGAAAGCCACAAUAAGGGAGGAAAUGUUCCAUCCUUCCCUCAUGAUGAGAUGACAGACAGAAAUAUGCCGGCCUUCUCAUCUCCAGCUGUUGGGGGAAUCUCUGAGUCCUUGAAGUCUCCUCUCAGAUCAGAUGCAGAUGACACCCAAGAUGUGGUCUGUAACCCGUCAGUAGAUCUGACCAAGAAAAGUGAAGAGCCUCGCACAUCACCAAAACCUAUGGAUGAAACAGUGCAUGUGCAAAGUGGUCAAGCUGAGGGCCGGGGUUCAAGCCCAGCCUCGGUGGCCUCAAAAAAUCCACAAGUGCCUUCAGAUGGGGACUUAAGGCCAAUCAAAUUGAAAGCAGAUUUGUUGGCAAAUGAGAACCCAGAUACGGCGCCUCUGUCUCCAGAGCUUCAGGACUUCAAAUGCAACAUCUGUGGCUACGGUUACUAUGGGAAUGACCCCACAGAUCUUAUAAAACACUUCCGCAAGUACCACCUCGGGCUACACAACCGCACCAGGCAGGAUGCUGAGCUUGACACUAAAAUUUUGGCUCUCCACAACAUGGUGCAGUUCAGCCAUUCCAAAGACUUCCAGAAAGUCAAUUGUUCUUUGCUAUCAGGGGUUCUGCAGGACAUCAGUUCCCAAAGGCCUGUUUUGCUAAAUGGAACUUACGAUGUGCAGGUAACCUUAGGUGGGACCUUUAUUGGCAUUGGACGCAAAACUCCAGAUUGCCAAGGGAACACCAAAUAUUUCCGCUGCAAGUUCUGCAAUUUUACCUAUAUGGGCAAUUCUUCGACUGAGUUGGAACAGCACUUCUUGCAGACCCAUCCGAACAAGAUCAAGUCCUCCCUCUCUGUCUCUGAAGGCAGCAAAGCCACAGACAGAAACUCAAACAAGUCCAGUCCUACUGUUCGAUCGGGUGAGAUUGGAGAUUUUGGAAAGUGGCAGGACAAGAUCACCAUCAGAUGUGGAGAUGACACUCCAGUUGGCUAUUCGGUGCCCAUCAAGCCUCUUGAAUCCUCAAGACAAAACGGUACGGAUGCCUCCAGUUACUACUGGUGCAAAUUCUGCAGCUUUAGUUGUGAAUCCUCCAGCUCGCUCAAACUGUUAGAACAUUACAGCAAGCACCAUGGGGGGAGCCAGGCAGGGGGCCCUCACCCAGAUCGGAAUGACAAACUCUCGAGGGGGUCAGUCAUUAAUCACAAUGACAUAACCAAAAAUGCAGACGGAGAGUUAGCGACAAAGAGCGAGAAGGGCUCUAGCGUGGCCAAAAAGAAAGACUUUUCCAGCUCAGGAGUGGAGGACCACGUGGUGACAAGCUACAAUUGUCAGUUUUGUGAUUUUAGGUACUCUAAGAGCCAUGGCCCAAACGUAAUAGUGGUGGGGCCUCUUCUUCGUCAUUAUCAGCAGCUACACAACAUUCAUAAAUGUACUAUUAAGCACUGUCAGUUUUGUCCCCGAGGCCUCUGUAGUCCAGAAAAGCACCUUGGAGAAAUUACUUAUCCUUUUGCUUGCAGGAAAAGUAAUUGUUCCCACUGUGCUCUCUUGCUCUUGCACUUGUCCCCUGGGAUGCCAGGAGGCACCAGAGUCAAGCAUCAGUGUCACCAGUGCUCUUUCUCCACCCCUGAUGUAGACGUUCUCCUGCUUCACUAUGAAACCACACAUGAAGCCCAGGUGUCUGAAGUCAAGCAAGAAGCAAAUGCCCUGCAAGGGGGGGAUGGACCACUGACUGUCAAAGAAAGCAAAGAACACUCGUGUACCAAAUGUGACUUUGUCACUCAGGUAGAGGAGGAGAUUUCUCGACACUACAGGAGAGUCCAUAACUGUUAUAAAUGCCGUCAGUGCAGCUUUACAGCGGUUGAUACACAGUCCUUACUAGAACACUUCAACACGGUGCACUGUCAAGAAAUGGACAUCACCACAGCCAAUGGGGAAGAUAGCCAUGGGGUGGCAGCUGCUCUCAAAGAAGAAUCCAAAAUUGAUCUGAAGGUUUAUAACCUUAUCAGUUCAGAUCCAAAAAUGGGGGAGCCCAUCUCGGAGAGCGUAGUGAAGAAGGAAAAGAUGGAGGAAAAAGAAGGAUCGAAGGAGAAAUGUUGGCCCGACGGGUCUAGUGAUGAUCUUCGUGGCACAACUUGGAGAGGGGUGGACAUUCUGAGAGGAAGCCCAUCCUAUACCCAAACAAGCUUGGGUCUUCUGACCACAGUGUCUGUUGUCCAAGAACAGCCAAAAGCUUUGAGGGAUAGUCCAAAUGUAGAAGCUGCUCAUCUCGCACGGCCUGUUUAUAGCUUGCCUGUUGAGACCAAGGGAUUCCUGCAGGGCGUGCCCCAAGGAAGCGGAGAAAAACCUGGACCACUUCCUCAGCCAUAUCCUGGAUCUGCUGAUAACAAGUCAAAGGAUGAGUCUCAAUCUCUUUUACGGAGACGUAGAGGCUCGGGUGUUUUUUGUGCCAAUUGCCUGACCACAAAGACCUCACUCUGGCGAAAGAACGCAAAUGGAGGAUAUGUCUGCAAUGCGUGUGGUCUCUACCAGAAGCUUCACUCGACUCCCAGGCCUUUAAACAUCAUUAAGCAGAACAACGGUGAGCAGAUCAUUAGGAGACGGACAAGAAAACGCCUUAACCCAGAGGCACUUCAGGCUGAGCAGCUAAACAAACAACAGAGAGGGAACAGCGAGGAACAAGUCAACGGCAGCCCAUUAGAUAGGAGGUCAGAGGAUCAUUUAACAGAAGGUCAUCAGAGAGAAAUCCAGCUUCCCAGCCUAAGUAAAUAUGAAGCCCAGGGUUCAUUGACUAAAAGCCAUUCUGCUCCUCAGUCAGUAUUGGUCAGCCAAUCUCUGGAUAUUCAUAAAAGGAUGCAACCUUUGCACAUUCAGAUAAAAAGUCCUCAGGAAAGUUCUGGAGACCCAGGCAAUAGUUCCUCUAUAUCAGAAGGAAAAGGAAGCUCAGAGAGAGGCAGUCCAAUAGAGAAAUACAUGAGACCUGCUAAACACCUAAACUAUUCACCACCUGGAAGUCCUAUUGAAAAGUACCAGUACCCGCUUUUUGGACUUCCAUUUGUACACAAUGAGUUUCAAAGUGAAGCUGAUUGGCUGAGAUUCUGGAGUAAAUAUAAGCUGUCCGUUCCUGGGAAUCCACACUACUUGAGUCAUGUGCCUGGCCUACCAAAUCCUUGCCAAAACUAUGUGCCUUAUCCCACCUUUAAUCUGCCUCCUCAUUUUUCAGCUGUUGGAUCUGACAAUGACAUUCCUCUAGAUUUGGCGAUAAAACAUUCCAGACCUGGGCCAACUGCAAACGGUGCCUCUAAGGAGAAAGCUAAGACACCGUCAAAUGUAAAAAAUGAAGGUCCCUUGAAUGUAGUUAAAACCGAGAAAGUUGACCGAAGUACUCAAGAUGAUCUAUCAACCAAGUGUGUGCACUGUGGCAUUGUCUUUCUGGAUGAAGUGAUGUAUGCCUUGCAUAUGAGUUGCCAUGGUGACAGCGGACCUUUUCAAUGCAGCAUAUGCCAAUAUUUUUGCACGGACAAGUAUGACUUCACCACUCACAUCCAGAGGGGCCUACAUAAGAACAAUGCACAAGCUGAAACGAAUGGCAAAUCGAAAGAGUAAAAUUAAAUAAAAUAAAUAAAAUAAAAUAAAAACCUUAGCACUUAGCACAAUUAAACAGAAAUAGGUUUCCUUGAUGGGAAUUCAAUAGCUUGUAAUGUCUUCUUAAGCACUUCAUAUAGCAAGCAUGCCUUAUCCAGUAUACAAUCUUUUAUUCUUCCCUCCUUUUCCUUCAUACAAGCAAACAAAAAGUUCUUAAGAAAGACAAUAAUAAUAAUUAAAAAAAAAAAGGAUGGCAGCUGGAAUGGGGGAGGGGUAAGGAAUCAAUCACUUGGGACCCGUCCUGCAAAAAAAAAAAAGAAAGUAAGAAAAAAAAUCUAUACAAAAGACACUAUAUCAGGGAAGGUCUCUUUGCAAAACUUAACCAGGCAAAUAAUGCUUUUGUUCUUGUACAAGAAACAUAGCUGGCUAGAAUGCAAAGAUGUAUAAUGCUGAAGCAGGUGUACAGUACACAUAUGCACAUUGUAUAGUGAAAUGGACUUGUUAAAUAAACUGAUGUCCAGAACUCUAGUAGUAUUUUUUUUUCCAUUUGGGUUCACUUUGGCCUUAUUAGAACACCCUCCAGCAGCAGCAUUUCUACAAUCUGGAGGCCAUAGGGCUUUCUUUGGUUUUGUUUUGUUUUAUUUCAUUUUGUUUUCCGGUUGUCUCUUGUGCUAAGCCAGUGGGUAGCUGCUGUUGGAUCCCUACAACAGGGCUCCUCAAUCUUUUUGAGGUCUAGAGCAGCAGGAACACUCCUUAUGCAAUAGCUUGCAGACCAGGAACAUUCAUUGUCAGCGUUCUCGGCCACAGCUGUUCCUUCCCUCUCAUUCUGAAAUCAAGUAAAUAACAAAUUCUCAGGAAAGAUGGAAGUAAAAUGACUGGAGUCUCAGAAUAUGAUCUCUUAUGCAGAGAAGACCUUCUUUCCAGGCUGCUUCAUAAGUUUUAAAGGUGGUGAGAAAGCCCUUAAAAAGAGAGAUUCACUGAAAUUCAGCUCAAAAAUAGAUCCGGGGACUGCAAACUACGUCUCAGGAGAUUGUGGAUGUAACAUGCUUUGGCCAAAAUGUAGGAAAAGUACUCUGUUUUCUGACUUCUCUCUUGUAUGAAAGCUACUUUAUGGACUUGAUAUUCAUAGUAUUAAUGUUUGACUAACUGUUCUCUCAAUUUUGCUUCAGGUAGAGCAUGGGACUGACUUUUCCCCAAAGUCCUUAGGUUGUUUAUAUGCAGCGGUCAAUUGCUUCACCAGACUUAACUCCAGCUUUUGGUAGUGUUUGCCUUCAUGGCCAAUCUUAUUUUUAAUAUUUUUGAGAGGAAGAUAAUAAUGAUGAUAAUAAUAAACCUUUUGUAAAACUGUUCCAUGAAGGGAAAGCUCCUCAGCAUAACUGCUCAGGGAAAUAGGGCUAAAUAACUAAAUAUUCAGUCAUUGGUUCAAGGUGCUGUUAGACAAACCUUCACAGAUGUUGCAAGAAUCUACAAAGGAUGGACUUCAAUUCAAUUUCAUUAUCUUGGCCCAGGCAGUCGUCUUGUUGUUGUUGUUGUUCUUAUUUUCUCAAAGGGAUAUCCAAGAGAUAUUACAAGCUACUGGAUGUACUGUCAGAUUAACUUAUUUCAUUUAAGAAGUUGGGAGAACAAAUAGGAAAAAAAACUUAUUUUUCUAGUAAAUAUUAAUGUAUUACAUUUCAAAUAAUGGUGCCUGACAUAUUGAAUAAUUAUUUUCUACAGUGUACGUAUGCAACAAAGAUAUUCCAUCAUGCAUAAGAUUCAGCGCUGGCUCAGCCUCGCUCUGUUUACAUUUGCAAAUGUAGCAAACAAGGUAAUGAAGCAAAUUUCUAUUGCAGUAGGUAUCUUUGAUUUGUGCGCGUGUGUGUGUGCAUUAAAAUUGUAAACGGUAACAUGAAAUGAAUGGACUUUGUUGAUAAUAAUGAUAUUUGAGGGAGAAGAAGACGACGACGAAGACGAAGAAGGAAAUGAAAAUAUUUUUAUGCCUACUUAGGAGGGAAAAAAAGAGUAGCACUAUUCAUUCCAAGUACUUUUUGUAUUCUUAAGCUCUUAACUCACAUUGUUAUGCUUAAAAUGAUAAACAUAUAUCCUCUUUUUAUUGCUUUGUCUAUGUUUCAGCUGAAACAUUUCAGAGAUUAUGUCAAGAGGUGCCAUCUGACUCCUUGGCACACAAGUUUUUGAUUGCAUUCUGUACUAGCCUUGCACUCCAUUUUUACCAUAUUACACGGUUGCUUCAUGUUUUCUUGUUUUGUUUUUUCGUGCUGGGGCUUUACUUUUGCAUUGCACGGUCUUAGUUUCUUAGGGUUGUGGAGUACAGUUGGUUCCUAAAUGUCACUGCAAAUGAAGAUUAAAAUGUCUGUCUGAUAUUCCAUUGUUCUUUCCCACCCCUCUCUUUAUUUUCUGAAUUUUUUCCUAGGGAAUUCUAGGCUUGAUCUCCAAGACAGGAACGUAUGUUGAAGGGCCUUCUUCUGAGCCCACAUCCAUGCUACUAAUCCCCAUGCUCACUUAAUUAAAGCUACCCUUAAAAUGAUUUAGGCCCAUCAUUCCCUAAUCUAGAAAAUGAGCAUUUAAAUUCAUGUGGCAAGAUAAAACGGAGAGAAGUAAGAGAAGAUGCUGAGUUUGGAAUCACAACACUAGAGUCUUAAGAGGGAUUAAACCAGCACUUAUUUGCUAGGUACUCAAUUUGUAGAAAGUAAAUGGGUCCUUGUUUAAUUUUUAUCUUAAUUUAUCUUCCCGUAAAGCCGCCUAAAUGCAGUAGCUAAGGGUGUAGUUCUAAAUAUGCAUACCAAGGAAUAAAAGCCUCAUUGAACAGAGUGACAUAAAUUCCUGCAUAGGAUUGCACCAUGUGUGGCCAUAUACAAGGUAAGUAGCCAGGAUCCCAUCUAAUUUCCUCUUUUUUGAAACAUUCAACCACUUUUUCGGGAAACAAAAAUAGUGCAUUCAAGCAAAUAGCCAUUUACCAACUGGUACUAUCCAUAGUUUGCAAAACAUGUGUGGUAAUUUGGCUUGCCACGGGGUUAUGCAAGCCCCACGAAGUUAGCAAUUGCUCAUCACUAUGUCUCUAAAAUAUAUAUUGAAAGCAAGCAGCAGGAAAUCUCAACCUGCCUGAGUGACAUUCAUAUUGCUGGUCAUCAAAGAUCUGGCUGACCUUGGCAGUUUCUCAGAGCUUGCAUGGGGAACCUGUGAUAAAAGUAAUUUCUCCGCUUAAUUAAAGUGAGUCUGUUAUUUGAUACCAAGGCCACAGGAUCUUUUCCUUUAUCCAUUACUUCAAAUACAUAUUGCUCGGAACCAAGCCAGUAUGUCCUGUCAAUUAUGUAUAACAACCUUUCAGAGCCUAAGUUCAUUAUACAAUUUUAGUGUCUAUCUGGGAUUAUUAGACACCUAAAGGGCCACAAGACAUAGAUAGUGGGUUGCGUUUGAAGGAAAAGUCUGAUGUUACUUCUAUUCACAGCCAGGAAAGAAUGUCGUUCCACAUUCUUUCUGAAAAUAAUCUGCUUUAGGACCUUGAAGUAUGUAUCAUUUUUCUUCUCCAAUACUUGUGGCAGUGGCAGGAUACACACACUUUUUUUUUUCUCCAAUUAGCUGAUGUUUCAUUAACAACAGCAGUCGUAUUAGGUUGUCAGCUAAAAAUUAAAAUGCCCAAAAUUAAUCUGAAUCACGAUUUGACAUUUAAAAAAAAUGUCAACUGCUUAGAUAAAUAUAUACUUAAAUCCAUAAUAGGAAAUUAAAUGUGCAUAAUAGGGCAUUUUUUUUAAAAAAAACUAUAAAAUCUGCAUUCCAUUCUAGGAAAGUAGACAAUAUAUAACUGCAGCCCACUCAGGA